CGACACUCAAUUAAUCUUCGUUAAAGAGUUUACCUUGCCUGCAAAAAUCAUGCAUGAAAUGCAGCUUCUUGUUUCGCAAAUUAUAUGUGAUUUAUUUUGUCACCUCUCAUGGAUGAACGCAGAAUGGAUGAAAUGCAAUGUAGGCUACUAUGCAGUGUACUAUAUAUGUAGUGUUAUGUUUUUAUAUUUAAUGCAAGACCCACGAGAGUGUGACUGGGGAAGAGUUCGAUGACUGACGUCAGGAGAAGCCGAGAGAAGCAGAGGUAGCGCACGCAGACCGAUAUCGCCAACGUUAACAUACAACCUGCACUGGUGCGCUUCACUGGCAAACUAAACUGCUACGUCUUUUACAACUUCUCCACCAUAAACACAAGAGUGUUACAACAACGGAACGACAUCGGAGAGGCUCUACACGGCGCGAUGAACCACAACAGUACUGUUAACCAGAACGUCAGUCUGCCAGCUCCAAACAGCGGCUCAGGGAGCAUUGUAGAUGAGCUGGUUAUCACCUCCACUUUCGGGACCUUGUUGUCGGUCGUCUACAUAGUCGGCGUGACGGGGAAUGUGUACACUCUGGUAGUGAUGAGUCAUUCUAUCCGCUUCGCCACCUCUAUGUACAUCUCAAUCAUUAAUCUAGCGCUAGCGGACCUCCUGUAUCUCUCCACCAUCCCGUUCGUGGUGUGCACCUACUUCCUCAAGGACUGGUACUUCGGAGAUGUGGGCUGCCGCAUUCUCCUCAGCCUGGACCUGCUCACCAUGCACGCCAGCAUCUUUACCCUCACUGUGAUGUGCACGGAGCGAUACCUGGCCGUCACCAAGCCCCUGGACACGAUCUGGCGCUCCAAGAGCUACCGCAAAGCCCUGGCCUGGGGGGUCUGGCUUCUCUCCCUGGUCCUCACCUUACCCAUGACGGUCAUGGUCACAGAGACCACCAAGAGCGCGCCCGACGGAGCAGUGAAGAGGAUGUGCGCGCCAACCUGGGCACCCCGGGCGUAUAAGAUCUACCUGACCGUUUUGUUUGGCACGAGCAUCGUGGCGCCUGGGUUGAUUAUCGGCUAUCUGUAUACAAAGUUAGCCGGCACUUAUUUAGAGUCCCAGAAGAACUCAGUCGUCAAGAAAAGGAACACGCGCUCCCCGAAGCAGAAAGUCUUGGUAAUGAUUUUCACUAUAGUUCUGGUGUUCUGGGCGUGUUUCCUUCCGUUCUGGAUAUGGCAACUGUUCCCGUUGUACCACAACAAACCGUUAAGCCUAGCCUCUAACACGCGCACCUGUAUUAACUACCUGGUGGCCUGUCUCACCUACACCAACAGCUGCAUUAACCCCUUCCUCUACACCCUCCUCACCAAGAACUACAGGGAGUACCUGAAGAACAGACACAAGAGCUUCUACCGCUACACCUCGUCGUUUAAGCAGCGUACUCCCAGCUUGUAUUCCUGCGGGAAGUCGGCAUCCUCCUCGAAUCAGUUUGAGUUUAACUCGGAGACGCUGGUGAUGGGGACUGUGAGGGGACAGUGAGCGUUACAAAGGGAGAGUGUUUUUUUAACCGCAAAAGGAGUCCUCCAGGUCUACAGGUGACACUGGCACACAGAGGUGAUGGGCAUGGCGGGGUCUGCGAUGGCGUGGGCGGGGUCACAGGUGAAGGAGACAGUGAUGGCGUAGAGCGUUCCCCACGAGACCUGCUCUACGUGGUGAAGGUUCUCUGACCCCGAAGAAAAGGAUACUCACCCUGGAGGAGGAGGAAGAGAAGGGAGGAAGAGAAGAGAGGGAUGGAAGAGAGAUGGGUUGAUGUCUCUCUGACCCCGGAGAGGAAGAGAGGACAGACGAGAGAUGGGUUGAUGUCUCUCUGACCCCGGAGAGGAAGAGAGGACAGACGAGAGAUGGGUUGAUGUCUCUCUGACCCUGGAGAGGAAGAGAGGAAAGGAGGUAGGAAUGAGGGAUAGAAGAGAGAUAUAGGCUGGUGACCAUCCUUGGAGAGCAGUUGUUUAGACCAGAGGGAGAGUUAGACCAGAGGGAGAGUUAGACCAGAGGGAGAGUUAGACCAGGGGGAGAGUUAGACCAGGGGGAGAGUUAGACCAGGGGGAGAGUUAGACCAGGGGGAGAGUUAGACCAGGGGGAGAGUUAGACCAGAGGGAGAGUUAGACCAGGAGGAGAGUUAGACCAGGGGGAGAGUUAGACCAGGGGGAGAGUUAGACCAGGGGGAGAGUUAGACCAGGGGGAGAGUUAGACCAGAGGGAGAGUUAGACCAGAGGGAGAGUUAGACCAGGGGGAGAGUUAGACCAGGGGGAGAGUUAGACCAGAGGGAGAGUUAGACCAGAGGGAGAGUUAGACCAGAGGGAGAGUUAGACCAGAGGGAGAGUUAGACCAGGGGGAGAGUUAGACCAGGGGGAGAGUUAGACCAGAGGGAGAGUUAGACCAGAGGGAGAGUUAGACCAGAGGGAGAGUUAGACCAGAGGGAGAAAGGAAAGAAGGAUGGAAGAAACAGUGGAUUAUAAGGGAAGCGAGACAUCGAGAGAAAAGGGUUCAGAGGACAAGGAGAGAUGGGCUAUAGGUAAAAUAUGGUAUAGAAACAGAGAGAUAAGAGAAAGAUACAUUGGAGAAAAACAGAAGAGACAAGAAGUUGAGAUGGGGAACUAGAUGAGGUGACAAGAAGUGGCAGAGAAGAGGUAACAAUCUAGUAGUAUGGAGAGAUGAGGACUGGUGCAGAAGUUAAAUAAAGGUUACAUUUUUUUUUAAAGUAUAAAAUAGUAGUGAGCUCCCAAGCCAGCACUUUACAAGAAACAGAAAACACAGAUGUUCUUGAGAUGUCUGAACAUAGACAUAGUCACAUGAGCUGGUUGGCCAACAGAGCAGAUUGGCUGGGUCAGCUAACAAGAAUUAGGCCUAGAUGCAGGAGAAAGUAAAAUGAUUUAAAAGCUCCUUAAAAUAGUUGAUCCACUCCUACACCGUUUCUGCUACAGACUGUGCUGAGCUGUUUGCAUAACCAUGCAAGUGUGAGUCUAGGGCAGAACUUUGUGUUUUUGUAAAAAAGUGAGUGGGUUUUGUCAUUAAAUGUUUAACAUAAAGCUGAAAUUG